GAAAGUUUGUUAAAAUAGCAAAAGCAGUUUCAAGUUUCAAUAUUGUGUGUGAGUGUUUCAAUUGUGUGCGGGAAUGUUUCUGUCGUGCAUGUGAGAGAACUACGGUAGUGUUACGAGUGUUUCAGUAGUGUGUGUGUAACAGCGUUUCAGAAGUGUAUAUCAAAGCAUUUUAGUAGUGUGUGUGUGUGUGUUUCAGUAGUGCAUGUGAGAGUGUUUCAGUAGUGCAUGUGAGUGUUUCAGUUGUGUGUGUUUCAGUAGUGCAUCUGAGUGUUUCAGUAGCAUUUGUGUUUGUGUGUGUGUGUGUGAGUGUUUUAGUAGUGUGUGUAAGAGCGUUUCAGAAGUGUAUAUCAAAGCAUUCUAGUAGUGUGUGUGUAUUUCAGUAGUGCAUGUGAGAUUGUUUCAGUAGUCUGUCUGUAUGUGUGUUUCAGUAGUGCAACAGUGUUUCAGUAGUGCAUGUGAGAGUGUUUUAGUUGUGUGUGUUUCAGUAGUGCAUCUCGGUCUUUCAGUAGUGUGUGUGAGUGUUUCAAUAGUGUGUGUGUUUGUGUGUGUUUCAGUAGUCUGUGUGUGUGUUUAAGUAGUGUGUGUGAGAGUGUUUCAGUAGUGCAGGUGUGUGUGUGUGUCUUUCAGUAGUUCGUGUGCACAUUUCAGUAGUGCGUGUGGGAGUGUUUCAGUAGUGGGUGUGAGAGUGUGUGCGCGUGUGUGUUUCAGUAGUGCGUGUGAGAGUGUUUCAGUAGUGCAUGUGUGUGUGUGUUUCAGUAGUGCGUGUGUGUGUGUUUCAGUAGUGCGUGUGAGUGUUUCAGUAGUGGGUGUGAGAGUGUGCGCGCGUGUGCUUCAGUAGUGCAUGUGAGCGUGUUUCAGUCGUGCGAAUGUGAAAGCCUUUCAGUAGUGCACAUGAGCGAAUCAUUUUUCCGUUGCGAGUGUGAGCACGUAGCAGUGCGAGUGCAUCUACUCUCUAGUGCGUUAAAAAGAGUUUCAAUAGCGUAUAAUAGCAAAUAGUUUUUGGGUGGUGUGUGCGCGUUUCAGUAGUACAUGUGAGUUUUUCAGUAAUGUGUGCGAUCGUGAGAGCACUUCAGUCACGUGUGAGCGUUUCAGUGCUGUAAAUGAGCGAGUCAAAAUAAAGAUUCAAACCUAUGUGUAUGAUGGAAAAGGUAUGUAAUGACGACAUGACGUGUGUGGAGCGGAGGCGGGGUGCGGUUGGGGGGGGCCGCCUGUGGGGGGGCUGCCCUUGCCCCCCCCCCUCCCAUCGGCGGGGAGCCAGAGAGAGAAGCAGCGAGCGAGCUUGUCAGUGUUCGCAUCGCAGGCUGGCAGGCAGAAGCCAAAAGAAGACAAGCAGCAGAAGCUCGCCCGGACUUGUUGGAUGUUUUCAUACAAUCGCACGGCAUUGGAUUCUGACGCAUCUUUGACCACAAAUUCCUGCUCGGAAUGGAAACCCGGAAUGGAGCGAGAAGUUGCUCGACCCCGGCGGCCGCGUGAGGGGCCGCCGGCAACACAUGGGAGGCGUCAUCGGAAGAGGUGGCCUCUUGUCACCACCUCAUCAUGGACAGUAGCCUCGCCUCCUCCAAGUCGUGGCCUCCCGCUGCGAGACGGCAGUCGCAGACCGUGAGCCGCAUGGACUACAAGUACACCCUGCUGGGCGCACAGGGGGACGACUAUUGCAAGAGGCCGCUGCUGCUGCAGGUGGACACGGCGCCCGCGAACCUGUUCGCCGUCCUGGAGGUGAAGGCCGAGCUCCCGAGGAGGCGGAGCGCGCCGGCCUCCUUCCGCCGGGCGCGCCUGUGCGGCGUCCUGCUCGGCGCGGCCGUCACGUUCGUCAUCAUGGCCUCGUACGUCCUGACGGGUGGCGGGAAGGACCCCCUGCUCACGCCGUCGUCUUAUCACCGCUUGCUCAGCCCCCCGGGACCCUUCGCCUUCGACUUGUCGUCGGCCAAGGACUACGCGCAACUGCAGCCGGUGCUCAAGUCCAUCGCGUCCAAGGUGGAGUUCCGCGCUGGACGACAGUUGCCGGAGCUCAAGGCCCUGAUUCGCAGCGAGCAACAUAUGUUUUCAGUCACCCCCCGCCAAUUCCUCCCGGGUUUCCGCAACCCCUGCUGGUACGAGGAGUACGCCGGCAACGUCACCUCGGACCCGUACCGCACCAACUUGUACGCGCGCUACGCCCGCAGCUUCCGCACCGUCUUCCAGCACUUGAGGAGCACGUUCCGAAAUCACUUGUUGAGCCGCGACGGUAAACUCUUGCGCAUCCGCUGCCUGCCGUAUUUCUACAUCAUCGGGCAGCCAAAGUGCGGCACCACCGAUCUUUACGACCGCUUGCGGCUGCACCCCGACGUCAAGUUCUCCACCUUCAAAGAGCCGCACUGGUGGACUCGCAAGAGGUUCGGGAUCGUGCGUCUGAGCGAGGGCUUCCACGACCGCUACCCGGUGGAGGACUACCUGGACUUGUUCGACCAGGCCGCUCACCUCAUCCAAGGCAGCCCGGCGGCCAACGGCAGCGGGACGCCCGGUCGGCCCGACGUCAUCAUCGGUGAAGCCAGCGCCUCCACCAUGUGGGACAACAACGCCUGGGUGUACUUCUACGACAACGCCACCACCGGUGGGGAGCCGCCCUUCCUCAUCCAGGACUUCGUGCACGCCCUGCAGCCCGAAGCCCGCUUCGUCGUCAUGCUCAGGGACCCGGUGGAAAGGCUCUACUCGGACUACUUGUACUUCGGCAUCGCCAACAAGUCGGCGGAGGAUUUCCACGAAAAGGUGUCCGAGUCCCUGCAGCUGUUGGACGGCUGCCUCGCCGACUACACGCUUCGCUCCUGCGCCUACAACACCACCGUCAACAACGCCAUGCCCGUGCGACUGCAGGUGGGCCUCUACGCGGUCUACUUGCUGGACUGGCUGAGCGUCUUCGGCCGGGAUCAGAUCCUGGUGCUCAGGCUGGAGGACCACGCCUCCAACAGGAAGUACACCAUGCACACCGUCUUCCGCUUCCUCGGCCUCGGUCCGCUGAGUCAGCAAAUGGAGUCGGAGCUGAACGGGAGCCCGGCCUCCAACAGCAGGAGGCCGGCCGACAAGAACCUGGGCCCCAUGCUGCCCGCCACUCAACUGGUCCUACGCCACUUCUACGCGCCCUUCAACCGCAAGCUGGCACAAGUCUUGCGCAAUGACUCCUUCCUCUGGGACGCCCGACCCUGACCUCUGAUCUCUGACCUACACAGUGAACCCCACGUCAUUGACACCUGGCCAAAAAGGUUUGUAAUUACCUAUAAACCUCGCAAGAUGGCAGCAAAGCGGUUUUUUCUAUUGGACAAGGCUACGGCCUGACUAAAUGAAGCUCCUCACCGCACGUCAACACAGUUCCUUGGCACCAAGACGCCACUAAAGAACUAUUUUUCACAUUCCAGCUCAGUUUCCGCUGACAUCAUCAUCAUCAUCUUUCUCAAGUGCCCAUUUUCUAUUUUGAUUUAAAUUAUUUUUUUAAGUUAUAAAAGCAGCAGAAAUUAAUCAAAGAUGGCGAAUAGCACAAGCGUGAAUGUGUAUGUGUGUGUGUGUGCGUGUGUAAGACAUGAUUGUUUGUCCGAAGAUGUACAGUAUAAAGACUUUUUUUUUUUUUUUAAAUGUCCUUUGUGGUCCUUUUUCAAUGCACGUUUUAUUUUUGGUGUUGUCAAAAUACUGUAUAAAUAUUAAAAACAACUUUAUUUUGUAAUAUUACAAUUUGUAUUUCUUGAAAGAAUAUCGUUAGCCUAAUAGCGUAGUUGCCUAAAUCAUGGUUGAACAUUUUCGAACAAGAAUAAACAUCAUUUUAAAGACG